UGACAAAUUGUUUACACGUCCGUCACGACGUGAAUAGGCGAAAAUUAAACUACUCGGCGAUCCGUAGUCACGGCGACUACCGGGAUAGGUUAGGUCUUCUUCUUGUAAUGGCCCAAAAAGUCAAUCCCAUUGGCCAGUUGUGGAUAUAGCACGUAACAAAGCCGCUGUUGAAAGAGUGAGAGAAUUAAUCGGAAGAGGACUACUUGAGAGAUAAAGCUAUAGUUGUCGUAGAUUUGUGCUUGAAAAACUCAAGUGUACGGUUCGACAACAACAGGUUAGAUGAACAAUGUCGCAAGAAAUGAAUAUUCUGUGUUGUUACUCUUGCAAGAUGUACCAAGUGCAUAUAGUUAAGAAAGCGCGCAAAUGGCAGUGCAAGUUGUGUGGUGAAAAACAGUCUGUGAAGCAAAUAUAUUUUCAAGGAUCUGGAAAAGAUUGUCGUCUCCAUGUUCAACGAUUGAAUUCUCUGAAAACAAACGAGUUAUUUUCUGCUGUAGUUUCUGAACAAGAUGUCAGUAACACUCAUUAUAACACAUCUUUAAAUGUUUCUGAGAUGUCAGGCAGUGACAAAGUCAUUGAAAGCAAGUGGACCAAAUAUUUGGAUUCGCCAAAAAAGAAACAGCCGUCUGAUACAGAAGACUCAUCUUCUGAAGAUAUUUGUCAAACUGAAAAUGUAAUAUCAGGUAACUUUUCACCGACGUUCAUACGGCAGGAGAGUUUCACGCAACGGAAAUAUGGCGAAAAAUCAGACGAAAUCUUGCGCUCCCUCUCGUCCCUCCUUCUUUCCAAGACUUCGAGCAACAUCGUAGUAAUCUGCUUCUGUUGGUGAGGGAUGUCGUUUCACAGAGAAAAGACAGUGGUCUUUUUUCCGAAAGGAGAGAUCGAUUCGAGGUCGCGAAAACAUUACACAUAACUUGGCUCCUGGUGAAACGAUCGCGCGAGUUUGCAUUCGCACGAGUGAGAAGUUUUGGGAGUGCCUCUCUCUCUCUCUCUCUCUCUCUCUCUCUCUCUCUUUCUCUCUCUCUUUCAGUUACCUGUGUUACACACACAGAUACACACACAUACACAUCGUCCGCUUGUUCGCGACGCGAUUUCGCCUCACGGUCCACGCGAUAAUUUAUCGCGUUUUCGGGCUUACUCGUGCAACGGUACCGUGACUCCACGAGAGACGCGGCCAGACAACGGCCACUUACAACAAGCAAGUGUUCUAUUUAUCCGUCGUGAAAUCCUGGCGGGAUGUUUAAGCGAACAAGUAGAUUGUACCUUUGAUGUCGAACCACAGCAACGGCAACGCCACAGCAUUCGCGCAGCGUUACCUCGUCUACAGCGGCAGGAAUUAUUACUCGCCAUUCGCGUGUUAUCCUUCUCUUUCCCCCUUCCCCUAAGAGCGGGGAUUUAUGUACAGAUCGCGAUAAUUAUAUAUUAUUCGACGGGGCACACUCAUCGACCGCUGGAAAGUGAAAUUAACGCGAUCGGCGAGAAGCAUCCUUGCGAAACGCAGGUAUAUCGGGCGCAUAUCAGCGCGUAGGGAAAUAAUUUCUGCAUAAAUGGUCGUUGGGAAAUGCGCGUAAUUGAGCUUCGAUAAUAGAGAUCGCUUAGAGUAUCAUUAGGUCGAGUCGUGAGAGGAUUGUCGUGCACGUGCUCGCGAAAGAAGAUCAAAAACAACACUAUUCAGUCGCUCUGAGCGUUAAGAGAGAAUUUUUAUUGGUAAAAUUAUAUAUAUAUAUAUAUAUAUAUAUAUAUAUAUAUAUAUAUAUAUAUAUAUAUCUUCCUCUCGCGACUCGACAUUUUUCACUUUUCUUUUUAAUAUCCAGAUGAAAAACUUUCCGCGAGUCAGAAUUGAGUAGAGAAAUGACGAUUCUUUCGCGACGACCCGAUAGAUAUGCGCAAUCGAGAGACUUACACGG